UCAGCCACCUGGUGCCUGCGUCCUACAGCCGUGUAGGCCUGGGAGCUGCCUCUGAGGAGCGGAGUAGGUACGGGGGUGUGUGAGACAGAGGCCAGCCGGGCAUGCCGCGCCCUCAGCGCUGAGGCCACGGCGGGUCGUGGAGGGCCCCACCAAGGUGACCACUGAGCAGCUGACCCUGAUGGGGAGGGGGCUGGCAGGGCCCCAGGGAGGCUGCAGCAGCAGGGACGAGGUCCAGACUGUGGCCAUGAGCUCGCCCGCCGGCCAGGAGCGAGCGGGGCCUGAGGAGGCCAAGGCUGCUGUCAGAGGCGACACGGCUCCUCCCCCGGGGACCCCUGCGCCUGCUGCUGGGAGCACCCCCGGCCAGAUGGGAGCAUAUCCCACAGACCUGACAUUGCAGCUGCUGGCCGUGCGGAAGAGGAGUGGGCUGAAGGACCCCCGCCUGCAGCAGGCCCUGCGGGGACGGCUCCGCCUGCUGGAGAAUGACAGCCGGGUGGUGGCACGUGUGCUGGGGGAAUUAUCGGCGAGGCUGUUGUCUAUCCACAGUGACCAGGAUCGGAUCGUGGUGAUGUUUAAGACAUUCGAGGAAAUCUGGAAGUUCUCCACCUACCAUGCUCUUGGCUUCACGCAUCACUGCCUAGAAAACCUGCUCGUGGACCAGGCCUUCUGGCUGCUCUCGCCCGGCGAGGAGGAGGAGACGGCCAUCCGAGUCUACGUGGACGAGGAUGCCUUGAAGCUGACCCACGAGAGCCUCCUCGUGCAAGAAGGGCCCUUCUUUGUCCUGUGUCCUGACCACCACGUGAGAGUGACGACUGGCCCUGGGGGUACAGGGAGGGGCCCCCAGCCCCUCAGGCGGGCUUCGGGGGGUCCCCAGGGAGAGGUGGCCCCAGAAGCAGGCCUCUUGGCGAGCCCCGGCAUGUCCUGCGCGGAGGUGGCAGCAGCCACCCUGGAACCUCUGAUCCCGUUUCAUCAGUGGGCUCUCAGGCUCCACUGGGACCCCAUCGAUGACUCCGUCGGUGAAGCAGCGACACCCGACACCCCGCUGAUGGCUGUGGGCCUGGCCUCGGCGGUGGCUGACUGCCAGGGCUUGGGGCCUGAAGAGAUGACCUUCCAAGGUGGUGACCUCAUUGAGCUCCUCGGAGCCCAGGUGCCUGGCCUGCCCUGGUGCGUGGGCCGACAUGUGGCCUCAGGCCAGGUCGGGUUUGUGCGGACUCAUCUCAUCAGCGCGCAGGGCCCGGCGUCAGAAUUGGAAAAUGUGAUCUUUCUCAGUGAGGAAGAAAGGUCAUUCUUCAGCAACGAGGGCCGCUUUUCUGAAGAGGACGCCAGGCAGUUACUGAGGAGAAUGUCGGCCGCGGAUGUCUGCACCGUGUACAGCCUGGACAGAUUAGAAGAAACCGAGCUUGAGCAGCUGGAAGGACAAGAAAUGCCUCCACGUUGCCUGAACCCGGAGCCUCACGGGACCCUGCAGAAGGUGAAGAAUAUUCUAGAACAAUGCAAGACCUGUCCGGACUGCCCCGAGGAGCCAGCGUCCUGGGGUCUCCCUGCAGUGUCCAGUGGUGUGAACUCGCCAGACACAAAGGAGCCCUCCUUCCACCUGGACGCCGAGGACGACUGGGCCAACCCAGAGGCCCUGGGCCCACUGCUGCUGGUCCUGAAUGCCCCUGGGUACAAGGCCUGCUUCCGUGGCCUGUAUGACGCUUCACUGCCAUGGCUGAGCAGUGUGUUCUGCCGCUUCACCGACGAGGAGGAGCUGGCUGUGCGCCUGGCGCAGGCCCGGGCAGCAGCCAAGAAAGCUGGCCUGCCCAUGGCCCUGGCCAGGCUCUGCUUCCUCCUGGGCCGGCUGUGCGCCAGGAGGCUCAAGCUGUCCCAGGCCCGGGUAUACUUCGAGGAAGCCCUGGGGGCCCUGGGGGGCAGCUUCGGGGACCUCUUCCUGGUGGUGGCCGUGUACACCAACCUGGCCACCGUUUACCUGAAGCAGAAGAACAAGGAGAAGAGUGCACAGGCGGUGCCCAAAGCCGCCGCCCUGCUCUUGGGGACGCCCGGCCACAUCAGAAGCGCUGAGGCAGAGGCGGAGCUCCUCAAGUACGCGCUGCGGCGGGCCGUGGGUGGCCGGAGCCUACAGGCCGAGGCCCGGGCCUGCUUCCUGCUGGCCAGGCACCACAUCCAUCUCAAGCAGCCCGAGGAGGCCCUGCCCUUCCUGGAGAGACUGCUGCUUCUGCACAAGGACUUGGGGGCCCGGGAGGCCUCGUGGCCCUCGGACUGCUACCUGCUCCUGGCGGACGUCUAUAGCCGGAAGUGCCUGCCCCACCUGGCCCUGAGCUGCGUCAAGGUGGCCUCGCUGCAGACACAGUGCUCACUGGCCAGCUCGCUGAGGAGCAUGGAACUGGUGCUCCGGAAUGCCCCCCGGCUCCACGGCCAGAGGCAGGCGGCCCACAGCCUACCCUCCCAGACGGCCCACUACCUCAGGCAGGCACUGGCCUCCCUGGCCUCGGGUGCGGGGUGUGCACUGCGCGGCCCCCUCUACGCCAGCCUGGCCCAGCUACACAGCCACCACGGGCAGCACGGGCCGGCCAUCGUCUUCAUGAUGCAGGCAGUGGAAGCAGAUGUGGUGGCCGGAGUCCACCCUGUUGUGGACCACCUGGUGGCCCUUGCCUGGCUGUACGUGCUUCAUGGGCAGAGCCAGGUGGCCCUGGACAUCCUGGAGUCCGUCCUGGAUGCGGCAGUGGCCAGUGUGGACCAGGAGGGCGUGAUUGCCAACAUGGCAGCUAUGGCCCUGAAGAGGACCGGCAGGACCCGGAAGGCGGCUGAGGGCUACUACCGUGCCCUGCGCGUGGCCAGGGGCCUGGGCCAGCUGUGGAACCAGGCGGUGGUGCUGGCCAACUUCGGGGCGCUGUGUCUGCACACGGGUGCCAGCAGCCUGGCCCAGCACUACUUCCUGGAGGCCGUCCGGCUCUUCUCCAGGCUGCCCAGCAGGGAGUGUGGCCGGGACUUCACCCAGGUGCUCUUGCAGCUGGGCCACCUCUGCACCCGCCGGGCCCUCACCCAGCAGGGCAAGUGCUACUACGAGUGGGCCUUUCUGGUCGCCGUGGAGACGGACCACCUAGAGAGCCAGCUGCAAGCCGUCCAGCGGCUGUGCCACUUCUAUAGCACCGUCAUGCCCAGCGAGGCCCAGUGCGUCAUCUACCACGAGUUCCAGCUCACGCUGGCCCGCAGGGUGGCCAACAAGGUGCUGGAGGGACAGCUCCUGGAGACCAUCAGCCAGCUCUACUUGUCCCUGGGCACCGAGCGGGCCUACAAAUCCGCCCUGGACUACACCAAGCGGAGUCUGGGGAUAUUCAUUGACCUCCAGGAGAAGGAGAAGGAGGCGCACGCCUGGCUGCAGGCAGGGAAGAUCUACUACAUCCUGCGGCAGAAUGAGCUGGUGGAUCUGUACAUCCAGGUGGCACAGAAUGCAGCCCUGUACACAGGUGAUCCCAACCUGGGGCUGGAACUGUUCGAGGCAGCUGGAGACAUCUUCUUCAAUGGGACGUGGGAGCGGGAGAAGGCUGUGUCCUUCUACCGGGACCGGGCACUGCCCCUGGCGGUGACCACGGGCAACCAGGAGGCAGAGCUGCGGCUAUGCAACAAGCUGGUGGCACUGCUUGCUGCACUGGAGGCACCCCAGGAGGGCCUGGAGUUUGCACACACAGCCCUGGCUCUCAGCAUCACACUGGGGGACCGGUUGAACGAGCGCGUGGCCUACCACCGGCUGGCCACUCUGCACCACCGGCUGGGCCAUGGCGAGCUGGCUGAGCACUUCUACCUCAAGGCGCUGUCACUCUGCAGCUCACCACUGGAGUUCGACGAGGAGACCCUGUACUAUGUGAAAGUGUACCUGGUGCUCGGAGACAUCAUCUUCUAUGACCUCAAGGACCCAUUCGAUGCGGCCGGGUACUACCAGCUGGCGCUGGCGGCUGCCGUGGACCUGGGCAACAAGAAGGCCCAGCUGAAGAUCUACACACGUCUGGCCACCAUCUACCACAACUUCCUCCUGGACCGUGAGAAGUCCCUCUUCUUCUACCAGAAGGCACGGACCUUCGCCACCGAGCUCAACGUCCGCAGGAUCAACCUGGCUCCCCCAAGGCUCUGCGGCCGGGCCCCCUGGCUGGCGCCUGGCCCCCCGCCCUGAGGACGGUCCCCAUGGAGGGGGCUUUGUGGAAGGGGGUCCCUGGACUUUCACAGCAUCUCCAGGUGCCUCAUUUUCUGGGAAACGGAGGCACAAAAGGAGGGGUCAAAUGGCAAUAAAUGGGUUUUG